AUGACGCGCGUCAUCGUCUCCGGGGCUCUUGCAUCGAUAUUCAUGGGGAUGAGUGGUGCGUCUUUGGGGGCCUUGAUCUUUGAUACUGCCACGAUCCCAUUCAUCGUAUCGGCCAGUGCGGGAUUCACUCUCGGUGUCUGGGGCUUCUACGGUGACGCCGUGCGCAAGUCUCUCCGAGCGGUAGACCGGUUCCCACGGCUGCUGCAAUUGCAUUUGGAUGCAAAUUUUCCACAUCGUGGAUUUGAUACUUGGGAGGCUGGUAGAUUCAGGUCUGCCACCUUUGGCAGGAGCUGGGUCUUGCAGAGUAUGUUGAUUGCAAGCUGGAUGACGGCAAACCGAGCAAUCGAGGGUCCUCUGGAAAAGCGGAUCUACGAGGCCGAGGAAGAACGCAUUCUCCUCCCCUUCACGGCGGGCGCAGAAACUCUGGAGAGUCCAGAGGGAAAGCCUUGA